AUGAAGCCGUCGGAAGCGCCCCCAGAGUCGGCCAGCAUGAUCUGGACCCGUCGUCUCAUCCUUAUGGCCUUCUGGGCGGUCGUAGUCCUGCUGGGCGUACCACAUUGGAAUUGGACGACUUCCAUCCCUCGAUCCUCACUUCCCCUUGACUCCAUGAAUGCGUGGGCUGAUGGAAAGGCGUGCCAAUUGCAAUAUCCGCUCCACGUUCAACUGCAGACAUCCAGCAUGCCAUCGGGGCACGCAGAGGCUCUUGCUACUAAUAUCGAGACCGUCUUGAACGCCCAGCAAGGCCUGCCCCUGCAUAGCUUUCGCGUCUCGACCACGAAUCUCACAUCACCGGACACUGCACUCACGGUCAUCCUGGAGACUGCGCAGACUCCACGCGUGUCACUGAGGUCCUGGGAGCCGACACUCGACGUGAGUCUUGAUCUCAGCCCGCCGGUCAAUAUAGGUGAAGUGGGUCCUUUCAUCGCACAAGAAGUCUCUCGCGUGUUUGCCGACGAAAGUGCGUCUCUUGCCUACCUCGUCGCCGGCACGAGUUUCGCAAACAGUGAUCAGCCCCUUCAACUGGAUCCUGCAAAACAGAAAGCGUUGGACGGCCGUACCACAAGGGCUUUCAAGUACGCGUCGAAUUAUCACAUCACCUUCUCGUUGUUCACACCCGCAGCCUCUCCAUCCGCCUGGGCGAUUGACGAGGCGAUACAAGCGUAUAUUUCGCCACUCUUGCAAUCACUAUCGUCCAUUAGCAGGUUUACGAUCGAAACGCAAGUCCAACUCUAUGCUUCCUUCAGUGCAUCAAUCGCUGGACCCACCUUUGAUGAUGCCAGGAACGCCUGGCUGUUGUCCCAUGGAGAUCUCACAGGAUUCGUCAACGCCGCGGAAUGGCCGCUGAACCCCAGUAUCGGCGCCGGACCUACCAUCAACUUUGUGUUGUACGUUCCUUCAAUCGAGAAGAGCCCACUACUCAUUGAAGGCGAUAGUGGAACUAGCUGGAUCAUUCCGCAAUGGGGAGGCGUACAAAUCCACAAUCCUGUUAGCGGAGUGGCCGAUACUCUCUCGCUAGAAGACCUACAACCAGACAUGAUCACGUUUGCAGAUCAACUUGCUGCAUUGCUUGGUGUGCCUCAGUCGCCGCCAUCCCUGUCACUGAAGAUCUCUAGCCUGGCCAGAGAAAGAGCCACAUCGCUGAUACUGUCUGCAUCUUCCACACUUGGCGCACUGUCAAGGCUCACUUUGAAACUGACAUCCAUUGCUAUCCCAGACUCGGUAGCGACGUCAGUCGAUGAAACCCUUCAUCGCCUGGACCUGGCAUGCAGCGACCUGCGCAGUGGACGCUUCCAGAGCGCUCUGGCCAAUGCUCGUAUUGCCGAAAACGAGGUUGAACAAGCCUUCUUUGAGCCUUCCAUGGUCGGCCAGGUCUAUUUCCCUGAGGAGCACAAGGUUGCAGUCUAUGUGCCUUUACUCGGUCCUAUGGCAGUGCCUCUUAUCCUGUCUGGUCUGAAAGAACUACGCGCAUUCCGCAAUAGAAAACGCAAGACUGCUUGAAAGUCGCAAAUCACGGCGUGCACCAAUUCAAUCGUUCAUAUAUGUACGUUUGGCGAAGGGUGCCAAUCACUCUUCCAAAAGUACGCCCUGGCAUCUCUAGAUCUUGGGAAAGCGGCCUUCACAAAUCAUAACUUGCCAGACGGAGUCAUCUCGACCUCAGCCCGCCUGCGCCUUGAUGCGCCGUUGCCAUCGGCAAUCAUGCUACUGAUCUUUUCCAGUAUGCGAAUGCUGGUCCUCUAGAGGACAUUACGGCAAACCACGGCAUCAAUCACGUGGACUUAUUUUGCCUAACUGCCAUGGGCCCUCCUUUCAGAACGAGACCGCACCUAACUCAACAUCCGCCAUCAUUCUCGCAUCUUUCUUGGUCCGGGCUAGGCGCUGGCGCUGUUGAUAUCAAGCGCCUCAGAGUCGGGCUUGUUAGGGAAGGCAAGACUACUAUGAUUAAUACGAGUGAUUUGAAACAUCUACACUGGACUCCUUAUCAGCAGUUCAAGCGCCACGCUGCUUCAGGUUGUGACAAGCAGACUGCAGAUCUAAUCGGUAUUGGAACGAUGUCGGGCUCUGGACGCAACGAUCAAGGUGAAAAUGCUAGAGUUGGAUCGUCACUAUGAAGCC